AAUAUUUCCAAAUGCCCUGGUCACCAAAUAUUUGCCUUAAGGCCAAGUACAGUCAUUGAAGUGAUUAUUUAUUCAUGGGGUGCUGACAAUCCUCAGUCUUAUUCUAAUGAUACGUAUCUGAGUAGACGGGGACACACAUCUAUUUCCCAGUUUUACGUAAAUCGUUUUUUUCUUUGCUUUUUAUAUAGGCUACCGUAUAUGGAAAUAUAUGAUAAUAAUUUAGUUACUCGGCGUAGAAAGCCUGCUUCUUUGUAAAACUUUUUGUUGUUUUUAAUUUAUGUAUGUAUUUAUACAUUCCAUGCCAGAACUUGAUCGAAAUGUUUUCCAAUGUGGAAAACGGCAGAAUAUAUUAUUUCCUUGUCGAGCCCCACCCCGACCCAAUACGUUAGACAUGUUGGUUUCGAUCAAUUACAUUCAACGUUUCCGGGGCAACAGUAGCACCUAAUCCUGAAACACCUGCGCUUUCCUGAAGGACUCGACAUAGAGACUGCGUGCAGAAUAUUCAUUCUGCGUUCGGGUCUUCUUAAUGAUUCUGAUCGGGGCGCAUUUCAUCUGGAGCCUCCACCGCCGUUAGGGACCUACAUCUAAAAUGAAUUCACACAGACCGAACUUUUUUUUUCAAUUCAGAACGGGGAACGUGAUGACUUUCUUCAGAUCAAAAUGGUUAAUUGUGGCUGCAUGGUAUAUCCUGUUUGCUUCGCUGCUAGUUUGCAUUGUGUUUGUGAGGACAAACUUCAAACCCUCAACAGUGUCUUCAAAAUCUGCAUCUGUUAUUGCGAAAUCAGCCUUCUGGAAAUACAAAUCCAACAAGAGCCAAACUCUAACUGUCAAACCCCUGAAACAGACUUUUAAAUGCGUUUCCAGUGUGAGCGAUGCAGAAAUACCUGAAGACUAUCCAGAACUGCAUCGUUUGUUCCUAAAAUAUAAGGGCUGCCGGACGUUCCCAACCCUCCUGGAGCCCAGGAGAUGUGAUGGGGACCUCCACUUGCUGCUGGCUGUUAAGUCCGCUGCUAUUAAUGUAGACAGAAGAGCCGCUAUAAGAGGUACCUGGGGCAAAGAGGGGCUCGUCAAAGGGAAGAAAACCAAGCUGGUAUUCCUUCUGGGCCAGUCUGAGGACAGGGUUAAAUCCCAGCCCCUUCACCAGCUCCUGGCCUAUGAAAGCAGAGAGUUUGGGGACAUACUUCAGUGGGACUUUGUGGACAACUUCUUCAACCUGACCCUUAAAGAAGUCCAUUUCCUGUCCUGGUUCACCAAGAAGUGCAAUAGCGCUGAAUUUGUCUUCAAGGGGGAUGACGAUGUCUUUGUGAACACGGGCAACAUCGUGGAGUACCUCGGCGAUUUCAGUGCCAAGAAAAAUCUUUUCGUGGGAGACGUCAUUCUUAAUGCUCGCCCAAUCAGGGACAUGAAAGUGAAGUACUUCAUCCCGCAGGAGAUGUACAGCCAGAAACUCUACCCGCCCUACGCUGGAGGUGGAGGAUACUUGAUGUCUCGAGAGACGGUGAUUGGGUUAGAAGACGCCGCACAGGAAAUCGAUCUUUUCCCAAUCGAUGAUGUCUACGUGGGAAUGUGCCUUAAGAAAAUGAAUGUGACGUUAUCCAUUCAUCCGGGGUUCAAGACCUUCGGGAUCCCGCAUCCGAUCAACCCCUUCGAUCCGUGCAUUUACAAAGAACUCAUGAUGGUGCACAAACUCAACCCCACGGAGAUGUGGAUCAUGUGGACUCUAGUGAAUGACGACAGCUUGAAAUGCGCUGUGUCUCCAAACAGAAUUGGAGCCUUGUAAUGUCCCAAUUGUUUCUGUGCAAAGGGGAACACCACUGGAUGAUAACUGGUUCUACUGUGCUUUUUGCAUCAGCCUGAAAGCAAGAUUAACCCCUUUUGUAUCCUCCUCUUCAGAGACUUCCCAUCAGGGCUUAAUGCUGGUGUCACAGGACUGUUGGGGGGGCUCCUAUGUUUGUAUUGUAUCCCAUGGAUUGAAAUAGGAGUCCCAUUGCGUAGCAGUUUGAUCUGUUCCAGUUUAAUAGAACACACCUGAGCUUGUUACCUAUACACUGGCUAAUUAAGUAGAACUGGUGAAACAUCUAUGCAAUAGGAACCUAAUUUCAAACCCCUGUAGCUCCUCUUUAGCAAAUGUAAUGCUGGUGUUUUUUGGGGAGGGAGAGAAAUGACAAUCCUGUUUAUGCUCUUCAUUGAGUUUCCAGUAAAGCAGAACACCUAGGUAGUGUUUGUGAAGACCAUAAAUGUGCCAAUCAAACUGGUAUGAAAGAUUCAUAUUAGUAUCCCACAGUUCUGUUUAAUUCUACACUGGUGUGAUUCUGUACAGGCUACUUGUAAUAAUGUUCUACACAAAAGACCUGCCAAGCUGAUAUUUUCAUCAGAGGCCGCCUGGGGUGAUAACCUUCUUUAUACAGAAUUGUUAAUGAAUAGUAAAAGUAUGGGGCACUGCACCAUUAGGCCCACCUGUCUUUAACGUCUACUGUGAAGGUUUCCAGUGACUUCCCUAGUAAAAGAAUCAAGUGUGGUGUGAAUCGUGGUUCAAAUCCUGUUCACAGCAGGGUGCUUUCCUUAUGCCCUGAUUGUCUUGGUCUCAAAGCCAUCUCCAACACACAUCUUUGAUCUAUGAAUGUGUGCAGUCUAAGAUUAUGGGCUACCUCCUAAUGCAUGUGCACUGGUUUCUUAAUGGCACCAGUAUGAAGUGCACCACUGGGGCUUGGAGCACAUGUUUGUCAUGAUCGGUCAAGGACAAGGCAACACUGCAUCUCAGUGAUGGGCUGAAUACACCUCAACUUUUAUUUGAAGACUAAUGCCAAAUAAUAACCAGAGGUUCAAACUCGCCUUUCACAUUUAGAAUGAAUCCUAGUCUGUAUGGUGGAAGGUAUUCUUGUUCUAUUCUAUUUAUGCUUUACACUUUUUUAUUUGUGUGUGUUUUACAUGAACGGAACACAAUAGUGCAAAAGGUUUCUUUGUGUGUUCUUGCACUGUGUAGGGAUGUUCUUGACAGUGUCUCAGGGAGGUUACCAGGGAUAAUGGACCUGUAAUAGAGACAAUAUUCUUGUGUGUUUUCUGGCUAGUCACUGGAUACUUGAUAAUGCAUUUAAUGGUUUUUUUUAAAUAUCAUUAUUUGAGAUUUCUUACAAAAUAAAAAUACGGUUUGAUCAUUUAAUGAGGAGGUGUUUUAUUUUAGUUUUGGGGGUUGAAUGACAUUGACUUGCUUCUUUUUUUAGUUUUUAAUUGGUACACUGAAGCUAUUUUUAAAAAGUACAAAUUUGCUUUAACUUUCAAUUUUAAUAGCUAAUGAAGUCUGUUUUUUAAGUACAGAGUUAAAUGGUGGCAGAGUUUAAAUCGGUAAACUAGACCCCAAUGUAUUUUCCAUUCUGUUCAGUACUCCAUUUAGUGCCUCUAGCUUGGUGUUACUUUGUUCAGGUUCACGGAUUACAAUCAUUUCCUUCAAAUUGUGGAAGCCCAGCAUCCGUAAGGAAGUUCAUUCCCAAAGAAUUGUUGGGUUUAAAGUUAACAGUACAACCUGACUGACCGUUAAGAGUGUAAAACUAAAGAACUCAUUGCCCAAGAUAUACCUAAAAUAAAAAUCUGCUUGUCUGUGUCCUGUGGUACAACUUUGGAUUGUUCGAUCCUGUUUGGUUGGUUUCUUGAUGUCAGGUGGAUUCUGAUACAGAGAAAAGGACUUUCAUUUUCGAAUCGUUCAGACUGAUUGGAAACAACAUACAAUUAAACUUGCACUUGAAGCUGUUUAUUAGAGUCUUGCAGGAUUGGUUUUAUUAUGCCAGCCAAACCAUACAGCAUUGCUUUAGUUUGCAUGGCUGAAUUUUUUAAUCCUUGAAGUCUGUCAAGCCAAAUUAUAAUGCCGUCUGCUGUUGCAUUGUUAACAUGCAUAUUCUUUCAGUUGUUCAUUUGCAAAUGGCAGAGAGCUGUUAGUCCGCCUAUUUUAUUUUUCUUUGUACUAGCCAUAUAGAAACUGAACAAUUUAUGGAGUACAGCAGUUCCUCAUGGCCCUUUUGGUGAUUGAAAUAUCCAGGGCACUCUGAAUGAUUUAUAUUACAUGUGCAAUGUAUGAGCAAAAGUGUUUAAACCAAACUGCUGAAUUCAUAGAAUUAGUUUCCUUAGAUCAAACGCCGCAUCUGCAUGGCAGCAUGGUGUAUUUUGGAAAGGUGCUUUCUGGCAUUGCUCCAGGUCAUACUGUCAUUUGAAUAAAUGCAAGGUAUAUUUAAAAUGGAUCUAAUUUAAACCCCACGGCUGGGGAAAAAGAAGUUAUUCAAUGCUAGAUAUCUCAACUCUUGCUGUUUACUACUUCACGUUGCUCUUAAUUAUCAUGUGUUACUUCUGCUGCAUACAAGCCACUGGUCAUUUGUAUUCAUUCAAUUGCUUUUCCAGAAAUGAAUACUGUAUCUCAGAUAAGCACAUCUCAUUUUCACAAUUGACUAGGGAAGCAUAGACAAACAAAACAAACUACUGACAUGAAGAGGAUUACACAAGGAAACGGACCAAAUAUCCUGGAUCGUUAGGUGGGGUCCAGUGGAUUUUUUUUUUUUUGCUAUUUGGUACUUUUUGCAAACUGCAAGUUGCUAAUUCUAAAAUAAAUAAUGUUCAAAGUGAAAGUUUGAUAAUUUUGGUUCCGUUUUUGUUUCAUUUUUUUUAUAGCCAGUCAAUACAGUGGCUGGAUUAUCACGCAGUGUGGUUUGUGUUGUUAUAGGAGGGGUUGUAGGCCAAACUGAAUACUUUUUCGCCAGAUGUGUUUUGCCAUGUUAUCAUAGUUUCUUUUCACAGAUAUUUUACUUUGAGAAUGUUUUGCUGAAGUACUGUAAGUAUUUAGUUUCAAAACUGCGGUCCAAAACAUUGGCACCUUUCCCAAUUCAAUAAUGAUGACUAACACUGAAUUGGUAAAAGCCAUCCAUUCUGUAGAUACCUGUGUAUGUAUUUAUUGUAAAACAUUUAUGUUGAGCAUAUUUUUUUUGUUGCAAAUUCACUAUAUACAUAUUUCAGAGAAAUGGAAAUAAUAGCAGUGUUCUUUCUUUGAUUUCAUGCCAGCUUCUUGGAGUGUGUUCUGUAAUUUCAAUAACUUUGUUGUUUGGUUUUUUUUAAAUAAUUUUCUAAAAGCAUUGUUACUUGUACUAUAGAGUAGUAGCACACUGGAGUAUUUUUAGAUGUCUAGUGAACAGAAAUAAUAGCAUGACUUGCCUGUAGGAUUGUCAUUUUCCAGGGCAGUGCUACUUUACUCUUAGACUUUUACAAUUUAAUUCAAUACCUUUUCAUUCCUGUGUCCUAAUUUACAAAAGCAAUCGUAGGACUAGGACCGGAGCAAAUGUUCUUGGAAAGGACUUGCUGACAGCAUUGCUCUUAUUUCUCCCUGCAAUAUAAAUCUGGUGUUAUCAAAGCAUGGUCUUGGUGUCAACAUUUAUAUAAAAAAAAAUAAACACCACUGCAUUGUAAAUACUACAGUCUGUAGUAAGACGUUGGUAAAUACUGGUAACUACUUUAUGUAUUCUUCCAUAUACAGGUGUCCAACACGGAAACUGGUUCUCCCCUAUCAAACGUUAAAUAUGCUUCCUCACUCACUCCCAGGCAGUCGGCAUUGAGAAUUUGUUUGAAUUGGAAAAGGAUACCUGAGCCCAACAAAUACAGAGUACACACACACAAUGUUUUGUCAGGGAAGGCAGAUGAUGCAAAGUUAAGGACUUUAUAGAAGCCCACUUCUUACGUUGCGCAACUAGGAUCUAGGAUC